CUAGUUUUCCUCGUUCCUCUCUCUGUUCUAACUUGUGGCAAGUCCGCCAGCGCUUCAGUGAGAACCAUCAGCAGUAGGGGUUGUUUUGUGUUCAGUCCCUUGGUCGCAGUCAGACUCAGUUCUACUCGCGUUAGACCAUAUUCUACAUUUCGUGUGGUGGCGUUCGUAUUUUAAUAACAGGAAAGCUGUUAAGGUUUCAACUUUCAACCGCCGUAUGUGGCGGAGUUCAUGUUGUCGGUAACGACGAGUGUUGGCAGCCGAGACAGGUCCUUUUUUCGGGAGCCGUCAAAUCGACCGCAUGGCGAAUCGACGGCGUCUCUCGAGUCCAAACACGGAGCGUUCGUCGCCAACCCCUAGACAGAAACCGUCAAUAGCAGCCUUCGGCGGAAACUCCGCUAGGAAGUCUGCCGGAAACCGUCAACCGCAGCCGUCCCGCGCAACCGCCAGUAACAGCACGAGCACGAGCACAACCACCAACAGCACUAAUUCCACCAGCAGCGAGAGCAGCGACGAGGAUAUUAAUACGUCUAGAAAGGUCGCCAGGAAAAGUCGCAGCUUUGGCGGUGCCGGUGGGCUUGGCAGAAGCACGAGCAGCAGCAGCAAGCGGAAGAGCGGCACCAGCAGCGGGAGCAGCGGGAGCAGUGCGGUGAUGAACCGGGGGAGUCCGCGCGGUACCUGCGCAGGCGGGGGGAAGAAGAAGGCGGGGAGCCAAGGCGGUAGCAGGGGAAAGAUCUCCGGCGGUGGCGGUGGCGGCGGUAGCGGCGGCGGAAGGGGCCGGACGGGUGCGGGAGGGUCGGUGUGCGGAGGAGGAAGUGAGGACGGUACGGGGGAGAGAGAGCUUUUCGAUCCCCCGGAUGUGCUUGCAACGAAAGUGAAGGAACUGGCGCGGCUGCUCAAGACUAGCAGAUAUGCCAUGGUGUACACGGGCGCAGGUAUCUCCACGUCAGCGGGCAUUCCGGAUUAUCGGGGGCCGAACGGUGUGUGGACGCUGCGCUCAAAGGGCAUUCAAGUCAAAGAGCCCAAUUUCCUUCAGGUAUCCCCCACUUUGAGUCACUUCGCGAUCACGGCGAUGGUGCAGGCGGGCGUGGUGCGGCACGUGGUGUCGCAGAACAUCGACGGGCUGCACCGGCGGUCGGGGCUGCGGUCGCACGAGAUCAGCGAGCUGCACGGCAACUUUUGUCGCGAGGUGUGCGCACGCUGCGGCUCGGAGUUCUUCCGCGGGUAUUCGGUGUGGAAGGGGCUCACGACGGCGCGCGGGUCUACCCAGGAGGACGCGAACCGCGCCGCGAAGAUCCUGCUGGAGCGCGCCACGGGCGUGGUGGCGGACGGGGGGCGGAGAGACGGGGAGAAGGUUGAGAAGGGGGAGCGGGGGGAACGGGGAGCGGGGGGGAAGGCGAGGGGUGGAGGAGGUGGGGAAAAGGGUGGUGUUGGUGUUGGUAGUUGUGGUGGGUUGACGAAGCGGAAACGGAGUGAUAAGGCAGGGGGUGCGGCCAGGGGGACGAGCAAGAGAGCGAGAGGCGCGAGGGGGAGGAGGUGUGUGGAUGAUAGUGAUUCGGAGAGUAGUGAAGAGGAGGAAGAGGAAGAAGAAGAGGAGGAGGAGGAUGAGGAAGAGGAGGAGGAGGAUGAGGAGGAGGAGGAGGAGGAGGAGGAGGAGGAGGAAGACGAGGAUGAGGAGUUGCAGUUCGACCAUCGGACGGGGAGGAUGUGUGAGGUGGAAGGGUGCGGAGGAGAGCUGGAGGAUUGCGUCGUGCUGUUCGGAGAGUGCCUGCCGAACGAGCCGCUGAAGUCCGCCAAGCGCCACAGCGACCGCGCGGACGUGGCGCUGGUGCUGGGGUCGAGUCUGCGCGUGGGACCCGCGUGCAACUUCCCCGCCAGCGUGCCCCGCCACGGGGGCAGGCUCGUCAUCAUUAAUCUGCAGCCCACGCCCAUGGACGCGCGCGCGGAGCUGGUGAUUCGAGGGCAAUGCGACAAGGUGAUGCACCUGCUGCUGCUGGAGCUGCGUCUCACGCCGCUCCUGCACUCCCUGCGCCGCACACACGCCCCGCCCCAACCCAACCCCUCGCCCCAAAGCCCCUGCAAGACUCACCCCAAACCCGAGUCUAAAUCAACAUCAGCAGCAGCAGGAGUGUCAGCAGCAACAGCAGCGUCGGCGGGUGCUUCUCAUCCCCACCCCUCUCAGUCUCACCCGCUUUCGCCCACGUCACGACCCGGCGCUAGUGGCAAGGCUAGCGGGGCGCAGGGAGAAGCGGGGAAGGACUGGAAGAGAGGGGGGAAGGACGCGCGUGGGGCCGAGGGGGGGAAGGGCGGGGCGGGGAAGAGCAAGGGGGGGAAGGAGAUUAGUCUUAGUCUGGAGUGGCCGAGUGUGGGCCCCACCGGUACGGCAGUGCUAAGGCGAGGGAGAGCAGCCGACGGCCGCGCUGGCAGUGGCUCUAACGCGGGUGCUGCUGGUGUAGGCGCGGGGGUGAGAGAAUCUGGGAAGGACGCUGGUUGCAGGGUUGAGCAGAGAGGUGAAGAAGCUUGUAAGGAGGACAGGGGCGUUGGCGGUGUAGGUGGCGAAGGCAGCAUGAAGCGUUUUGAGGAGAAGGAGGGAGAGGGGGGUGAGGAGAAGGGGAGGGAGAGGGGUGAGGCGAAGGGGAGGGAGGGGGAUGAGGAGAAGGGGAGGGAGGGGGAUGCGGAGAAGGGGAGGGAGGGGGAUGCGGAGAAGGGGAGGGAGGGGGAUGCGGAGAAGGGGAGGGAGGGACAUCCGGAGGGAGAGUGUGCGAGGACGAGAGUUGACCCUGGAAGUCGGGACGCGGGCGAGAAAGGAUCAGCGCCAGCUGCUGGGAGCGUGACUGGUGGUGGCGCUGGCGCUGGCGCUGCUGCCGCUGCUGCUGCUGCUGCUGCUGCUGCUGCUUCAUACGUUGAUGCUGUCAGUGGUGGCGCUGCGGCGAAUUUCGGUGCUGCUGGUGGAGCUGCUGGUGAUGUUGCUGCUGCAGCUGGUGAAGCUGUGGCCGUCGUUGCGGGCCGUGAAGCCAGCGCCUGCGGAGCUGUCGCCAGUACAGAGUGCGCGGGUGCGAAGGACGCGAGUGGAACGACGGACAGCGUGAAAGAAGAGGAAACGCGGAGCGAGAGUCAGGAUGCCAGGACUCACGAGGCAAGGAGCGUCGAGCCAAGGAGUCACGAGCGAGGGAACGCGGAUGGUGUUUCUUGCGGUGGUGAUGAUGGGAGCAGUGGCGGAAAGGUCGCUGGGAAGGUGAACAGCAAUCAGAGUAGGGGGGAUGGGGAGAGGGAGGCGGAGAGGAGGAGGGGAAAGGAGACGGAGAGUGUGAGGGAGAAAGAGGCAAUGGAGAAGAAAAAUGAAAGGGCGGAGAAGAGGGAGAGGGAGAGGGGGAGGGAGAGGGAGAGGGAGAGGGAGAAGAGGAGGGAGUGGGGGGAGGGGAGAGAGAGGGGCGUUGAAUCGAAUGCAAGCGGCAUGUGUGCGAUCAGCCUCCCGACUCUCUCGUCUCCUCCUCCCCGUUUCCCCACUCCUGGUGCGUCCUCCAAGCCUGGUUCUCCAUUUCACGAUGAGCACCCCCCUCCUCGUUCCUCCCCACCUCCCUGCGAGCAGCACGUGCAUCAGCAUCAGCAUGAGCAUCAGCCCCGUCAAAGCCACAGCUCCCAGCACCACUCAGCUUCCCCGAAUCAUCCCCCGUCUCUGUUUACGUCCCACUCCUUCUCUCAGCCUUCCAUCGUCCCGCCUCGCCCCUCCUCUCGCUCCCCCCCUCCGCCUCAUCCGCUCUCCCCAACUCGUCCUUGCAGUCUCCCCCCGAAGCAACCGUCCCUGCCAUCCAUGCGCCGUCCAACCCUCUUCUCCCCACCUCUCUUACCGUUCGCUUCUCCGCCUCGGGGGGGGUUUCUACCCGCCUCACACAUCUCCCCACCUGUUGCCAGGGCAGGACUGGCAUCGUUGCCUGCUGGACCCGGGGCCUUCGCUCGCCAUUCCCCUCACCACCCGCACCCCUAUGCGCACCUUGCGUACCCGCUGUCGCUGCACUCUCCUUGCCACGCGUCCUUCUCGCCUCUUCACCACUCGCCACUGCUGCCCUACUACCCGCUUCACCUGCCGCAUUGCCCUCCGUUUGGCUCCCCGUUCACCCCUGGUCGCCGGGGGGGGUUGGCUGUUGGGCGUGCUGCUGGCUGCGCUUCGUCUCCCCGCCAUGGCUACCACCAGCACUUACAGCAGCGUGUGCACCAGCGUCAUCAGCAGCAGCAGGGGCAGGGGCAGGGGCAUCCGCAUCAGCAUCCGCAUCCGCUGCAGCGCCACCUCUCUCCAAACCGGCGGCAUCAUCAUCCGCAUUCGUCCCAUCGAUCUCCGCUCCAUCGCCUUCACUCCCCCCUGCAUUCGCCUCGAUACUCCCCUCUGCACUCCCCCCCGUCGCAACACCUCCACCAGCACCAGCAGCAGCAUCAACAGCAAAGGUCCAAGCAGCAGCAGCAGCAGGGAUCCCAGUCCCCCUCCCGCUCUCUGCCGUUUUCCUCUCCCAUCCACCCAAGAUCCCCAUUUCUGGACAAUGCAGUAGCUGCAGGGGCAGAGGAGGUCAAGCAUGGGUGGUUGCAUGAGCAGGGCUCGAAGGAACGACACGGGGAGAGGGAGAGGGGCAGGAAUAGUGACGGGUUCUGUGUUGGAGAGAGGGAUUCACAUGGGCGCAGGCUGCAUCAUCAGCAUGAGUCUGCAGACAGGCAUGGCAGCAGGCAGGGGAGUGGACAUGAGCAGAGGCAUGGGCAUGGGCAUGGGCCUGUGCAUGAGGUUGUGGAUGAGAGGAAAGAGGAGGCAUGGGAUAUGAUGGCAGGUGUGCGUGGUGAGUGGCGGGACGAUGUGUGCAAGGGUGAUGACGAGACGAGGGGCUUGAAGUGGGAUGCAGAAGAGCGGAAGCAGGUGGUUUGCUGUCUGGGCAUGGAGACGCAUACAGGGGAGGAGAAUUUUUUCGACAGCUCGCCUGGGCGUCUGUAUCCUCAGGAAAGGAGUCAUGCGGUUGAGGACUGCCAAAAAAAGCAGAAGGUGGAUGGCGGAGAUUGUGCCGGCUCAAAGAGAGAUGGGGAGCUGAUAUGGGUGAAGGAUUGUGCUGCUGUUCCAGUUCAUGAGGAGCCUGCAAAGUGUGUGCUUUCCUCUGCUCUCAGCCCGACUGCAAGCAUCGCCUUUCUCUAUGCAGGGUCCUCCACUUGCCUUCCUCAGUUGGUGUCAGGGAAAAGGUCUGCUCGGAAGCGGAGGGAGCGGUGGUGAUGUUGGUGGAAGCAUGUGGGAGCCUUUGCCUAUCAUCAUCUUGCUUUGUAAAGAUAGCAUAUAAAUUCUUUGAAUUGUGUAGAGGUCUUAUUACACGACAAGUCUCCUGGUCUUAUUGCUACAUCAUGUAUUGUGAUUUUCUUCUCGCAGUAUUUC